AUGCCCCGCAAUACUUCAUUCGCGUCUCCAGGCCGUCCGCCGCCCUUUGCUAGACAUGUCGGCGUCCGCCUUGACCAUGAGACCGUCCGGGGCCCGCUCCCCUUUUUUAACCCAACGCGGGCGCGCUUCCAUGUCGAAGAUCAGGCACAGCUUCAUCCUGGCUUGAUCGACGACAAGCUUCCGCAUCCACACGCAACACAAGUCGCGUUACCGGCCUUCAUAAAUUGGCGGUCUCGAGACAAUCGCAAAGGAAGACACCCUCUGGGGGUGGACCCUUCCCACCCGGACUCCACAUCAAGCUUCCGCGCUGUCGGCCGUGGCCUGUGGCGCAUGUGCACCGAAUGCCCGUACUGGGACAUUUCGUACUUGAUCGCCGUGUUUUUCUCCGUCGGGUGCCUGCUCUUCAUCAUCAGUGGCCUGUUCUACUGGCUGCCGCUUGUAGCUCCCAGCUCGGAGUUUUCCACGGAGGCCACGGCCGGCGCUGCACUCGCAUUUGUCGGAGCCACGCUGUUCCAGGUCGGAGCUGUGCUUCUCGUCUUCGAAGCGUGCAACGAGAGCCAAACUGGAUGUUUUGGAUGGGCCCUCCACCGGGCCCUCACAGGAGAAGACGACGAUGACUCCGGCAGAGUGGUGGCCAAGGCCGACGUAUAUAGUUGCCAGCACCACCACCAGCGUAAAUACAAGACAGAUUCAGCGAAGCAGAACCACCAGCAGCAACAGCAGCAGCCCAAGGCGGACCGCAAAUGGACCUGGUGGCCAUCCUGGCACGAACUGAGGACGCAUUAUUUCCACGAGAUCGGAUUUGUGGCCUCCAUUACACUGGCUGUCGGUGCCACCGUCUUCUACGUUUCCGGUAUCUGCACGCUCCCGCCGAUAUACGACAACAUGAGCCGGGGUGCUAUCGAGGGCGUGUAUUAUCUGACCUAUCUUGUUGGCGGGGUCCUCUUUGUUAUUUCCUCGGUCCUGUAUGUGCUCGAGACCCAGCCAACCUGGUACACCCCGGCGCCGCAUCUGCUGGGAUGGCAUAUCGGAGUGUGGAAUCUGAUCGGCUCCGUGGGCUGGACCCUGGCGGCGUCGUUUGGCUACUGCACCCCCAGCUGGUGUGCCUAUCAGGGCGACUUGACCCUAAUCUGGGCUUCGGUCGCCUUUUUGAUUGGCAGCAUGCUGCUAUGGUACGAGGCGCUCCAGAAGUAUCCUGUCGAGAAGACGGGGUAG